UUUUUUUUUUUUUUUUUUUUUUUUCUUCUAAUUCCUGAGGGGUGGUUGCUGCUUUUGCUACAUGACUUGCCAGCGCCGGAGCCUGCGGUCCAACUGCGCUGCUGCCGGAGCGCUCAGUGCCACCGCCGCCGCCCGCGCCGCCCGCGCCCCGCUCGGCACCCACCGGUCGCAGCCGCCCGCCGCGCCGCUGUCCCGCUCCCGCUCCCGCGCCGCCGCCGCCGCCGUUUCCCCCCCGACGACUGGGUGAUGCUGGACAUGGGAGAUAGGAAAGAGGUGAAAAUGAUCCCCAAGUCCUCGUUCAGCAUCAACAGCCUGGUGCCAGAGGCGGUCCAGAACGACAACCACCACGCGAGCCACGGCCACCACAACAGCCACCACCCCCAGCACCACCACCAUCACCACCAUCACCACCACCACCCGCCGCCGCCCGCCCCGCAACCGCCGCCGCCGCAGCAGCAGCCGCCGCCGCCGCCGCCGCCGCCCCAGGCACCGCAGCCCCCCCAGGCGCGGGGCGCCCCGGCAGCCGACGACGACAAGGGCCCCCAGCAGCUGCUGCUCCCGCCGCCGCCGCCGCCGCCGCCGCCGGCCGCCGCCCUGGACGGGGCCAAAGCGGACGGGCUGGGCGGCAAGGGCGAGCCGGGCGGCGGGCCCGGGGAGCUGGCGCCCGUCGGGCCGGACGAGAAGGAGAAGGGCGCCGGCGCCGGGGGGGAGGAGAAGAAGGGGGCGGGCGAGGGCGGCAAGGACGGGGAGGGGGGCAAGGAGGGCGAGAAGAAGAACGGCAAGUACGAGAAGCCGCCGUUCAGCUACAACGCGCUCAUCAUGAUGGCCAUCCGGCAGAGCCCGGAGAAGCGGCUCACGCUCAACGGCAUCUACGAGUUCAUCAUGAAGAACUUCCCCUACUACCGCGAGAACAAGCAGGGCUGGCAGAACUCCAUCCGCCACAACCUGUCCCUCAACAAGUGCUUCGUGAAGGUGCCCCGCCACUACGACGACCCGGGCAAGGGCAACUACUGGAUGCUGGACCCGUCGAGCGACGACGUGUUCAUCGGCGGCACCACGGGCAAGCUGCGGCGCCGCUCCACCACGUCGCGGGCCAAGCUGGCCUUCAAGCGCGGGGCGCGCCUCACCUCCACCGGCCUCACCUUCAUGGACCGCGCCGGCUCCCUCUACUGGCCCAUGUCGCCCUUCCUGUCCCUGCACCACCCCCGCGCCAGCAGCACUUUGAGUUACAAUGGCACCACGUCGGCCUACCCCAGCCACCCCAUGCCCUACAGCUCCGUGUUGACUCAGAACUCGCUGGGCAACAACCACUCGUUCUCCACGGCCAACGGCCUGAGCGUGGACCGGCUGGUCAACGGGGAGAUCCCGUACGCCACGCACCACCUCACGGCCGCCGCCCUCGCUGCCUCGGUGCCCUGCGGCCUGUCGGUGCCCUGCUCCGGGACCUACUCCCUCAACCCUUGCUCCGUCAACCUGCUCGCGGGCCAGACCAGUUACUUUUUCCCCCACGUCCCGCACCCGUCAAUGACUUCGCAGAGCAGCACGUCCAUGAGCGCCCGGGCCGCGUCGUCCUCCACAUCUCCGCAGGCCCCCUCGACCCUGCCCUGUGAGUCUUUAAGACCCUCUUUGCCAAGUUUCACGACGGGACUGUCCGGGGGACUGUCUGAUUAUUUCACACAUCAAAAUCAGGGGUCUUCUUCCAACCCUUUAAUACAUUAACAUCCCUGGGACCAGACUGUAAGUGAACGUUUUACACACAUUUGCAUUGUAAAUGAUAAUUAAAAAAUAAGUCCAGGUAUUUUUUAUUAAGCCCCCACCCCCCCCCCCCAUUUCUGUACGUUUGUUCAGUCUUUAGGAUUGUUUAUUAUUCUAACAAGGUGUGGAGUGUCAGCGAGGUGCAAUGUGGGGAGAAUACAUUGUAGAAUAUAAGGUUUGGAAGUCAAAAUUAUAGUAGAAUGUGUAUCUAAAUAGUGACUGCUUUGCCAUUUCAUUCAAACCUGACAAGUCUAUCUCUAAGAGCCGCCAGAUUUCCAUGUGUGCAGUAUUAUAAGUUAUCAUGGAUCUUUAUGGUGGACGCAGACCUUGAGAACAACCUAAAUUAUGGGGAGAGUUUUAAAAUGUUAAACUGUAAUUUGUAUUUAAGAAGCAUUCGUAGUAAAGGUGCCCAAGAAAUUAUUUUGGCCAUUUAUUGUUUUGUCCUUUUCUUUAAAAAACUGUUUUUUUUUCUUUUGUUUACUUUUAGACCAAAGAUUGGGUUCUAAAAUGCACUUGGUAUGCUAAGUAUUAAAAAACAAAGCAAAAAAAAAAAACAAAAAAAACAAAAAAAAAAAGGAAAGUUGUUUCAGUUGGCAGCACUGCCCAUUCAAAUGAAUCGGAAGGGGACAAAAUUAAUGAUUGCCUUCAGUUUGUGUUGUGUAUAUUUUGAUGUAUGUGGUCACUAACAGGUCACUUUUAUUUUUUCUAAAUGUAGUGAAAUGUUAAUACCUAUUGUACUUAUAGGUAAAACCUUGCAAAUAUGUAACCUGUGUUGCGCAAAUGCCGCAUCAAUUUGAGUGAUUGUUAAUGUUGUCUUAAAAUUUCUUGAUUGUGAUACUGUGGUCAUAUGCCCGUGUUUGUCACUUACAAAAAUGUUUACUAUGAACACACAGAAAUAAAAAAUAGGCUAAAUUCAUAUAUAUCUUGAUACUUUUGUCUCUUUUAUUAAGUAGAGCUAAUUUUUAAAAGACCAUUAAAGUUCUAGGGAAUUCAAAAGGCUUUUUCAGCCACCUAAAAUUUAACUGCUCCUUUCAUUUGAACCGAGACUUUAAAAAUGAAAAUAGUAUUUUUUCCCAUUGUGGAAUCAAAUUUUACAAGGAGCAGGCCUAUUUAAUAAACACUAGCUUUAAAGAAAGUAUAGGCUUUGCAGCUGAUAAUCUUCAAGUUUCUGUAGAUAUACAGCAAAAAAAAGAAAAAACAACCAAUGAUUUACUUUUAUGUGCAUAGCUAUUUACCUUGUGUUUAUUUUCAAAUCAGUUGAUAGAAUGCUUACUUUUUAUAUAUUUUGUUUCAGGUAUCUUGUUUAUAGCAUUUGGCAAAUUAUAAGUAAAUAUAUGUAUAUGGCUAGAUAGAAGUAAAUAUAAUGCACACAUAUGUAAUAUAUAUAUAGACACACAGAGCCCUUCAGUUCAGGUACAAUUUGCGCUAUGAAUGCUGCAAAUAUUUUUGUUUAAAUAUUUGUAUUUAUACUUUCUAAGUCAGCAUUUAUUUUUGUGGCUGUUUACCCACAAUGAAAGAGUUCUAAUAAAGAUGUGCUGAAGUUGCAAUAUAGAUUUGCUGAAGUGAUCACCUGUUGUAAUGACUUGCAGAUCAAUGUUUAUAUUUUAUUUUUAAUUAUAACAACUUAAAAUUCUAGAUGUUCAGAAGACGUAAAAUGCCUCUCUCUCCUUUUCUUUCAUUUUUACAACAUAGAGGUAUUUAUUUGAUUCCCUUUUAAAUAUGUCUGUAUAAUUUAAUCUAGAGAUUUGUUCCUUUUGCUUGCAGUCAUAAUUUUGUUUUAACUUACAAUAUACAUAUGCAUGCAUAUAUGCAUAUAUAUCAAUCUGAAACAAAAAUGAAAACAUUUUUUGAAUUGUUUCAGUAUCCCAAUUGCUAUGACUCCAGAAAAUAAUUAGAAAACCUAAGUAAAAGAUUUAGUAACUAAUUGGAUCCUGUGGAGAGUCUGUGGAGGACAAGUUGUUCAUUUGUUACAAUUGUAUAGUCUGAAAUGUGUUCUGCAGUAAUGCAAUAAGCUGGCUACUUCUUACAAUGGGCCCAAUGAAAAAUAAUCUGUCCCCAAGAUGUUAUCGGCAAACACUUAGAGAGUUGCUCAGGGAAAAAGAAGAAGAAGGAAAAAAAAAAAAAAAAAGCCUAGGAGAGAAGCAAGCUGACUCAAAUAGAUUGAAAUAGGAAUGCAGAAUAGUUAAUAUUAGGGCAUAGGGAUGGGUGGGUUGUGGAAGGGAGAGACAGAGGGAGAGAAAGAAGAAAGGGAAAGAGGAUCUUUAGUGGGGGCAGGAGCAUCUCCCACUACCAAAAAGAAAGGAGAAAGAAAUGCUAUUUAAGAAAGAAAGUUAAAGUCCAGGAAAAUUAAAAGAUCUGGAACCAAAUAUACACAAAUGGGAAAUCGACUAAAAUAGACCAAGACAGCUAGUUUAAUUAUCUCCUUAAAGCAGACUGGACAUGAUUUUAUUUUCUUAGUUAUGAGAGCAGUUUCACCAGAGGUCCAACUUUCUUGAAAUGUAACAUUUCUUCAGAAUGAAGCAUGAAAGAAAAUUCCACAAAUAAAUUGUUUUAGAAACCAAAUUUGUGGCUGAUAUCAAAAAUAGUAGUAGAGUCCAAGUGAAUGAGGUUAGGCAAGGGAAAUCCCCCUUACAUAUUUGUGAACCAAAACAGCUCAAAGAAAAGCAUGUGUUUAGACUGAAAAAGGUGAUGAUGUAUUGUUUGCUUUUACCAUGGAUUUUAUUUGUGGAAGUGAGAAUGUACUGGCACAGAAGAAAUAGUCUUUGGCCUAUCAAAAGUUAAAAAGAAAGUUGAAUUCUUCUAUUGAGGCAAAGGGACAUAGACAUAGAAAAGUUCCUCCACGAGAGUUUUUGUUUUUUUUUUCUUCUGGCCAUAUUAAAUAAGUAUACUUAUUUGUGAUAAAUGUUCAUUUGCAUGAUUGAGAAAUAGAAUUUCAAUGGCAAACUUUUCAUUUUGAGGUCAAGCAUAAAAUUGACUUCUUUGAACUCAUAGGAGCUAAGGACUGGAGUGGAAGUUCUAUUCGGAUACAUCUCCAAGUUACAUAUAUAAUGGAUGUGACUAGAAGAAUAGCUUGUUGAAUACGUUUACAAGAUAGGGAGGGGGAUAUACAGAGAGAGAAAUUUGUGAAGGCCUCCUGAAGCCCAGUAUGAACAUUUCAUUUAUCUCCGUCUGUCCUAUCAUCUCUCAAUUUAUCUUUUUCAAAAGCAUACAGUAUUCUAGCAUGUCAUUUAAUAGAUUUUUUUUUUUGCAAAAAGUUGGUUGUAAUAUUGUGUUGAUAUUUGUUGUCACCAACCUUUGCCAGUUAAAAUUGGCUUAUGCCAGAAAAACACUUCAAAACUUUUUGAAGCUUUUCUUCUUUAGACUUACAAUUAUUUUUAAUGAGAUGAAGGUUGCUCCUUUUGAGAUUUUGGAACUGAAAAUGAUCAUAACUUAAAACUCGAAACCCCAAAUUGCAGUUUAUCUCCAAGUUUCAGAUAUUUUGCUUGAAUUUGUCUGGUAUAAAGUUAAUACAAAUCAUUAAUACAUAAAGCAUUGAGAAAAGGAUUUAAAAUAGAGCAGGGAGAGAAUUCUUCCAAAUAUGUUUCUUCAGCUUGUUACAAAAUUGGGAAUCAAGUGAACAUGAAGUCCAGAACCAGCAAGAUUGAGCACAAGUAUCUUUUAUGGCCAUGGAAGAUUUCGUGUGGUUUAUAUGACUUGCAUAAAAUCAAGUGUAGAGAGACAAAAAGAAAAUGAGUCAUGUAGCAUAUUGGUAUAGUUGUAUAUAUUUAAGUUGGUGGAUAUUUCACCCAAAUAGGUGGAUAAAUCAAAUAUAUUUAGAGCGCUAAAUAUAUAAAUGUGGUUUUUAAAAACUGUGUUUCCUCCAACAUUGUUGAGGAAUUUGUGUUGAAAUAAUUUUGUUUUUGAGAAACUAAUUUUAUAAAUAGCUGAAGUGGCUAGUUGUGUUUGGAAGUAAACGCCUGUUGGAGAAAUAGGCUAACAAAGGGUGAAGGUGAAGAUCAUUAGAGGUUUUAGAGCUGGCUGAGACGGGUUGCUGGGGUUGUGUAACUGUGCCUGGAGGGCGGGGUUCCUGUACAUUCCUACUUCACCAGAUAACCUGCCCCCAACACCACUGCAGCUUCUGCCAGACAGAUGGAACUCUCCAGCGUGAAAAUCUGCGCAGCCAUUCCACCAAGCAGGACUGCCUGGUGUUGGCCGAAGGAUGCUGAAGAAAAAGAUUUAAGGACUGGGACGCUCUUACCCCAAGAUUGGAUGAAGAUGGAAUCCAUUUCAGUCUGAAAUGUGUUUCAUGGCUGCAGUCGGGCAUUCCUCUGAUUUCUUGUUUCACUGGUUAGAUGGACGAUCCAUUCCGGCCCAACUCAAGUAUUCCUAAUAAAGACUCCCUUGGUCUAAUAUGAGGUUUCUCAUUGGCCAGUACCAUGGAGGUUGACAGUCUGAUAGCCCCCUACACAUCAAAGCAUAUCUACUCAUCCGUGUGCUGUUGUCAAUCCGAGGUUUCCAAAUAUGUGUUCUCCAACUCAAAGAAAAGUAGCUGGCUCCAGGCAUCUCCAGAGAAAGCUGCUUCAGCAUUUUUCUUGGUUUUUGUUUUUGGAAUACCUCUUUCUACAGGAGUCUCCAGACUCUAAAGUAAUAGAAUAGUUCCUAAGUCCAUCCAGCUCUUUCCCAUGUCUGAAUUCUUGACCCUCUUUCCCACCCCCUGGCUCACAGAUAAAAAAGAAACAACAGUAAAGGAGUAAAAAUUGUU